AUGGGCUAUACAACGGGUGCGCCACGCCAGUCUUCCACGCAAGCGCGCGGAACAUCUGGUACGCGCCGCGAGCGCGCCAGAACGGGCAAGGAGUGCGCUGAAUCUCCCGUGGGGCGCCGCGAUGUCGUGUCAGCUGACAGCUACUCGGAGGAUGAGCACAGCCGAACGAGUAGAGCUCCCGGUAGAGGUGGCGGGGGAGCCGGCGGCAGAGGCGCUAGCAGUAGCGGCAACGGUCGGGAGAAGAGAGCAGCGGGUAGUGGAAGGGACGGUGUGGACAGAGCGGACCGCCGUGACCGACGGCCAAGUGCGAAGUGCUUGGAGGAAGAUAGCACUGAGUACGAGAGUAAGGACGAGCCUACUGAUAGCUGUACCGACGACGACUUUAGCGAGAACGAAGAGGCCAGUGAGGGUAGCGACGUUGACGACAGCGACGUUGACGGCAGCGACGUUGACGGCAGCGACGUUGACGGCAGCGACGAUGACGGCAGCAGCAAUCGCUCGUCGCCUCGAAGCAGCGAUAGACGCCACACGGGGCGCGACUCGAACGGCAGCUCACGCCGUCGCUCAGACUCGCGGUCGCCGCGUUCCCCCGAGUCAACGCGGUCGCCGCGCUCUCCCGAGUCUACGCGGUCGCCGUGUUCGCCGGAGUCAAGGCGGUCGUUGAGUUCCCCGGAGUCAACGCAGUCUCCGCGAGACGCAAAAUCGUGGAGCGGUUCCGACGAUAACGCGUCCAGUCACGAGUACGCAGAUACGUAUGUGACCCGCAGCAGGACACGGGCGUCCGCUGCGUCAGUGGACUAUUCGCAGAGAGCGCCAGCGGGACAUUACGCCGCGGAGCACGAGCACGAGCAUCAGCACCAGCAUCACCACCGCCAACUGCGCAUCAGCGCACCCCCGCCUCCGCAGCAUAAGCGCUACGCUUCCGCCGCCGCCGUCCCCGCGAAGAAUCGAUCCGUUAGUCUUUCCGCGGCGUCGUUAGACCAGGCAGCCGCCGCGAUCGCCGGCGUCUCUGGCGGCGACGAGCCCGCGGAACUAAUGCAUGGCAGCAACGCCGCGUACGCCGGUACUGGCGGCGGGAAUUGCGGGGCGCGGUUGCCCGCGGGGAACGCUGCGGGUGGGCGGGUGCCUUCCGCGCAGGCGCGGUCAAUGCGCAAGUGCAUCAGCGGGGAUCGCGCUACUAUGGGGAGCGGUUCGAUGGAUCUAGACAGGUGCAAGCAGGGAGGCCUGGGGAUCGGUCCUCGUGGUGCUGCUGGUGUUGCAGGGGGGUGUAACGCGCCGCGGCCUAGUGGUAACCAGCCUGGUAACCAGCAGUGCCUACAGCCUGUGAGGCAGAACGUUCGUCCCUCCGCGAUUGCACGAAGCAUGAGUGUUCCAGAUGACGAACUAGAACGAACUCCAUUAGGUGGUUACCAGCAGCAGCAUGGUCCCAGCCACGGGCAGGGGUAUAUUCACGGGCAGAUGAACGGGCAGCCGGAUUACGCCUAUCGCCAACCCGGACCUGGGAAACUUCAGAUGAAAGCCCUCCGCCGCGCACAGUCCGGUCGUCUCAAUCCCAGUAACGGAUCUGCCAAUAACGGAUCGCCUUCUACCAGUAGCAGCAGCCGAACCGCAAUGCCACGGUCCAUGUCAGCUAAAGCCCCCUCACCCACACCACCCUUCCUCCCAAACGGGUUAAUUGACUUAUACCCUGUAGAGCCUCUCUCACCCACAGAAAUCCAGACUCCUGUAGGCGUUCCCCCUGCUAGAAGAGACUUUCCCUCCCUGCCCAUGCUCGAUAUCCCCUGGUGCUCUGCUGAUAGCCCCCGCUCCCCCCCCAAACCCAUCAACGUCGGCCCGCCUCUCCGAAGCUGCAGCUUAGGCCCGGCAGUGCAGCAGGUUUGGGCUGGGGGGCGGAUUGGGGUGAAGGCAGGGCAGGGUAUGGGGGCUGGUGGGGAUGGUGGUGGGGGGAGGGGAGGGGGAGUGGUUGAGAGGAGUAUGAGUGAGGAGAGGCGGGUGAAGGCGCAGGCUGCCAGGAAUGCGGUGCGUGUGGUGGAGCUGGGUGGGCCUGCAGAGGGGUCACCAGUGCCACAUGCUGUGGCGGUGGCAGCAGCAGGAGCAGUAGCAGCAGGGGCAGGUAGGGCAGGUGGGGAGAUGGGAGCAGUGGCAGUGGCAGGGCAUGGAAAGAAGGGCCACUUGAGAGGAUUCUUUGCAAGCUGGGGCGGGCACUAG